AUGGGAUCUAUCACGUGGCGCAUUCCAGCUGUCGGGCUUCCUCUCUACACGAUGUGCAAAGCAGCAGUCGUUGGGAUGACGAGAACGCACAGCAAGGAGUUUGGUCAGUACGGCAUUAGGGUCAACAGCGUAGUUCCCGGCGCCAUUGCGACGCAGAGGCAGAUCGAUGAGGUCUUGACGGAUGAGUACCGCGCCGAAGUUAUGGCUGCGCAGAGUUUGAAGAGAGAUCUUAUGCCUGACGAGGUAGCGAGGCUGAUACUAUUUCUUGCUGCAGAUGAUUCUAGCGCUAUCACUGGGAGUAGCUACGUGAUUGAUGGAGGGUGGGUUAGCGACGUUUAG